AUUAGAAUGCCAACAAUAAAAAAUAAUAAAAAUAAAAAUAAAAACAUUUAAAAUAAUUUCUCCAUUUGUCAUUUUUUGUUUGCCUUGCAGAUAGAUUGACCAGAACAACAGCUGCCCGGUGUAGAAGCGGUUCGCCAACAUCACAAAAAUGCCCCAUCGUUCAUCAACAAUGAUUUUGAAGAGUACCCGAAAAUAUGUCAAAUAUUUCUAUAUUUUUCUGGGUACCUCACUCAUAGCCCUGGGCGGAUUUUUUCUCAUAUAUUCCAGACCGUUGCUCGAUCGGUUUAUAGAUAGUCAAAUGAUAUUACGUCCCGGUGCCGAACUAACCAAAAUGUGGGCUACACCUGAUGUCAAUGUUACGGUGGAUUUUUAUUUUUUCAACUGGACAAAUGCCGAAGAUUUCUAUGACAUGUCCACAAAGCCCAAGUUCAAUCAGGUUGGGCCUUUCAGCUACAUUGAAGUGCCGCAUAAGAAAAUCUUUAAAUGGCAUGACAACAACCACACCAUGGAUUAUGCCAAGAUCCAUUAUUAUCAUUACGAUGCGGAACGAUCCAAGCUAGGCUUGAAUGAUACCUUGGUGUCCAUUAAUGCCCUAAUGGUGGGUGCUGCUGCAAAAUCAAGACAUUGGCCUUACCUGAUGCGUACGGUUAUCGAUAUGGCCUUGAAAUUCUAUAAAAAUGGAGCUGUCUGGACAAGAACUGCUGAUGAAUUCUUUUUCAGGGGAUUCAAUGAUGAAAUUGUCAAUCUAUUGGCCGUACUGCCAGCAUCGCUGCGGUAUAACUUGGGAGUUUUUAUGCCAUGGGAUCGGAUUGGUUAUGCCUAUGCUCGCAAUGGCUCCACCGACUUCCUGGGAACGCACAGCAUACACACCGGAGUCGGUGAUAAGACCAAACUCGGCGAACUUCUCCUGUGGAAGGGUCAAAAUCGCACCAAAGCUUUUAGCAACGGCUGCAAUGCCAUUCACGCUUCGCCGGGUGAAUUUCAGAAGACCAAUUUGAAAAAAUACGAAUCAAUUGAGUAUUUCUUUACGGAUUUUUGUCGAGCCGUAAAGGCGGACUAUGACAGCGAGGUAUACUAUAAGGGUGUACGGGCUUUUCGUUAUAAAAUUUCGCCGAGUGCCUUUGAUAAUGGUACAACGUACCCCGAAUCGAAAUGUUAUUGCGAUGGUGAAUGUAUGCCGUUCGGGGUAUUCAAUAUCAGCAGCUGUUAUUAUGGUCUACCGAUUCUGAUAUCGAAACCACAUUUUAUGGAUGCCGAUCCGUUUUAUGCGAAUGGGGUGGAGGGAAUGGCGCCCAAUAGGAGUGCACAUGAAACGUAUAUUAUUGUGGAACCACGAACGGGGCUUGUGAUGAAUUUGCAGGGGCGUUUGCAGUUGAAUAUUUACAUAAGGCCCACAACGCAUAUAAGAUCCUUUCCGACGAAACGUAACUUUGCCUUCCCCGUCGCCUGGUUCGACAUGACAAUGGAAGUCUCUGAUUUUGGGGCGAUGACACUACGUCUCCUGAACAAUUUCCCUCUCUAUUGUGAUAUUUUGGGAAUCAUACUAAUUUUAUUAGGCAUCAUUGUGGCCCUGUGGAAACCAUGCCGGGAUCAUUGGAAUAAACGUUAUCUCCAACACAUGGAGAUCAAUACCCUGCCCAGUGAGGAGGAUGAAAAACUUCCAUCCAGUGAUUUAGAAUCCAAAGAUAUUAGCAGUAACAAAGAUUUAUUUGGUCCGCGUCGAAGUUUGCCGAUUGUGAUAUCCCAUCUGGAGGGCGAUGAUGAGGCGUGGCGUUCGUGUCUGGACGAGGAGCAGCGGGCUGCAAGUGAAGUGACGUCGUCCGAAGAAUGUGAUACCAGUCUGGAAAUGGACAGUUGA